AUGAUCUCAUCCGAAACAAUAAAAAUUCGCCAAUAUCAAUCGACUGAUUUAGAACAAUGUGAAAAUUUGUUUCGUCAAACACGCGAAGAAGUCAAAACUGUGCCUAUGAUAAUACAAUUGGCGUUUGAUACGGAUAUGUCAAAUAUUGAAAAAAAUUAUUUACUAUCAUCACGUAGUAAUUGGUGGGUAGCUGUCUCUAAUCAUAAUCAGAUUAUUGGACAAAUUGCAUUACAACCAUUAUCAGUUGCUGAUAAUAAGUUUUAUCAAGAACAAUUAUCAUUGGGAAAACAACCACAUCCAGAUGAUAUUGGUGAAUUACGUCGUUUGUCCGUUCAUAAAGAAUAUCGCUGUUCUGGUUUAGGUCGACGAUUAUUACAAAUAUUAGUGGAUUAUGCAAAAGAAGAAUGUCAAUAUAAAUAUAUACAUUUAACAACAGGAAAACAUCUGAAAUCAGAUCAUUUCUAUGAACAAAAUGGUUUUAAAUGUGUAAAAUUUCAACGAUUUAAUUUAAAUAAACCAGAUGAUAUAAUUGAACUAUCAACAGAAGCGAUUAGUGAAUACGAUCAGUCAUUGAUGUAUCUAAUGCCAUCGGAAACGGGGUUCUGGUACAAACUACAUUAUUUGCUUAAGUUAUAA